CUUGUGCUGGCGGCGGCUAGAUGCUCGCGCGCGGUCGUGGUGCUUGUCUGGGCAGAGGAUCCUUAAAACCAGUAUCCGUGACCCUGCUCCCCGACACCGAGCAGCCUCCAUUUCCUGGACGAGCCCGCCGCCCAGAGAAUGCCAGAGCAGGAUCCCUAGUGACCGGAUAUCAUGAAGUCGGCCAGAUGCCAGCGCCGCUUUCUCGAAAGAUCGGGCAAAAAAAGCAACGACUGGCAGACUCAGAGCAGGAGCAGACCCCUAAAGAGAGACUCCCUUCCACCCCGGGCCUCCAGCAGAGUAUCUACUUCUCCAGCCCAGAGGACCACCCAGCCCGGCUAGGACCAGAGUUUUUUGACCAACCAGCAGUCACCCUAGCCCGUGCAUUUCUGGGACAGGUCCUUGUCCGGCGACUCGCUGAUGGAACAGAACUCCGUGGGCGCAUUGUGGAAACUGAGGCAUACUUGGGGCCAGAAGAUGAAGCUGCUCACUCAAGGGGUGGCCGGCAGACCGCCCGUAACCGUGGCAUGUUCAUGAAACCUGGGACCCUGUAUGUGUACCUCAUCUAUGGCAUGUACUUCUGCUUGAACGUCUCCAGUCAAGGGGAUGGGGCUUGUGUCUUGCUAAGAGCACUAGAGCCCCUGGAGGGCCUGGAGACCAUGCGGCAGCUUCGUAACUCCCUCCGGAAAAGCACUGUCGGCCGUCCCCUCAAGGACCGUGAGCUCUGUAGCGGUCCCUCCAAGCUGUGCCAGGCCCUAGCCAUUGAUAAGAGCUUCGACCAGCGAGACCUGGCCCAAGAUGAGGCUGUGUGGCUAGAGUGUGGCCCACUGGAGUCCAGUAGCCCACCUGUGGUGGCAGCAGCCCGCAUAGGGAUUGGUCAUGCAGGAGAGUGGACACAGAAGCCCCUGCGCUUCUAUGUCCAGGGCAGCCCAUGGGUCAGUGUGGUAGAUAGAGUGGCUGAACAGAUGUAUCAGCCUCAGCAAACAGCCUGCUCUGAUAGGCUUUAAACUGUUCAAAAGUAAAAUAAAUAUCCUGUUUACAGAGAACUGUCCCCAAGUCUCAGCCA